AUGGUGAAUACGGGAAAGCCCUCCGGCGGCUGCAAGUUGUGCAGAUCCAGGAGGAUCAAAUGUGAUGAGGGGAAGCCAUUCUGCAUGAGAUGCAAGAAGUCGCGGCGGCAAUGUCCAGGUUACCGAGAUCCGUUCGAGGCCAACAUCCGCGACGAAACGCAAGCGACUAUCAAGAGAUUCAAGAAGUCUAGAGGUGAAGAGAGUUCUGACGAAGAAGGCAAGGAUAUCGCGCCCGUUUGCAACAAGCAGUGCUUGAAGACGGUUGCUGGUCCGAAAUACAAGACGUUCGAUUACUCGAAUCCCGCCGCUUUCCCUUACCACAAGGACGACGAUACGACCGACGAAGACGAAGACAUCCCGGCGUCCAUGUUCAACUCGCUGGAUGAGCAGGCCUCUUGCUACUUCCUCUCGGAAUUCAUCAUUGUCCCGUUUACUCCUACGGCCCGAGGGUACUACCGUUUCCUCCCUCGGUUCCUGAGCGGGACGAACGUCUCCAAAUGUCUUUCCCAAGCUUACAAGGCUGUCUCUCUGGCUGCGCUGGCCAGCCGCCGUACGGUAAAUGCCAGUGCCGCUCUGUUCCAUGCACAAGGUCACUAUCUACGGGCGGUCCGGGCCGUCAACAAAGCUAUAAUGGACCCGGGAGAGGUGCUCAAUGAUCAAACUCUGGGGGCUGUGCUUAUGCUGGCUUUCUACGAGAUUUUGACGUCUUCUCGAGACUCUAUCGCUGAGUACACCAACCACAUGAAGGGUGCCGCAAUCAUUGUCAAAUUGAGGGGUCAAAAGGGGCUCGAGACACCGGAAGGCGAAGAAAUGUUCGCAAUUACCCGGAACCAGUGUCUCUCUAUUCACUGUCUUCCAAACUCUCCCGAAGUAUCCGAAUUCACAUGGCUUCUGCAUCACGAAUGUCGUGGUCGGAUGCAGCACGCCAUCGCGAGCAUGGAUAUCCAGAGCAGUCAAAUUCGACAAGAUGUUGAUCGGGUUCUCGGAGCGGGAGACCGCAAGCCAGAGACAAUCCAGAAGGUGCUCGAUGCUCUCAAGCGUGCUCAAGCUUUGGAGGCCAAAUUCCGCAAACUCAACAACGAUCCCAGCCCGCAGUGGAAAGUCGAUACGGUGGAGUGGAUACUGGAGCGAUCCGACGACGAGCUCGAUACGACCCCAACGUUUCCAGGGCCUGUGUACGGGUUCUUCAACUUACCUCUUGCAAUCUUGCACGUCGCCACAUGGUGUUGCCAUCUGAUGCUUACCACAACAAUUCUGCGGUGCAUGGCCUGGCUUGUGUCCCCUGAUGAUUAUCGAAUGGGAGAGGAGUAUGAAGAGCUGAAACGUUCGGCUAUGCUGCGUAUCGAAGAUACCAUAGCUUCGACCCCUUUCUUUUGCAAAUGGAAUGGCUACGGCGUGGUCGUAGCUCAGUUCCCCUGCGGCAACACCAAGCCAGACGACCCUUUGAAGGGCGCUGCCGGACUGAUGGUUUUGUGGCCCAUGGUCACGGCUUGCAGCAGCGACUUUGCAACCCCCAGACAGAGACGCUUUCUGAGAGGCCGUCUUAAGUACUUGGCAGAAGUCGCCGGAAUUAGGCAGGCUAAUGUUUUCUACAACAUGCACGACAUUUCAUCUCCAUCCCGAGAAAUCGAGCGAGACCGCAGAUCUGGCGUUCAUUCAUAUUCUGGGGCGGACACCUUGCUUAGCAUGCCCUUUUGA